UUCCUACUUUGUCCACCAGAGUGCGCUAACGCCGUCUGUCGAGAGAAGAGGUGGCGAGUCAAAUGGCGUACGGCUUCAGUGCUGGUUGCAGUGUGUUCGUGUAUUAGAGUUUGGACUUUACGUGAAAUCACUUCUUGGCCGUCAUGGAAGUGGAAUACAAACUUUUAAAGUGGAUAUUAUGUCUUCUACUUGUACAAAGAAUUUUGGCAGUACAGGAAUUUAUUACAAUGCCUAGCGACGUAGAAGUGAAUCCUGGUGAAACAUCGCGUUUGAUCUGCACAGUGAGGAACAGAGGAGGUGAAUGUGCCUGGUUGAAAGAUGGAGUAGUAGUUGGCAGAAUUAACGAGAAAUACAGGUUUCAAAGAGAGCCAGCUGAUGGAGAUUGCAGUAUUGAUGUUCUUAACAGUAAACUCGAAGACGACGACGGAAUGUGGCAGUGCCAGGUGACCCAAGGAUCUCUACAUGAUCCCACUCUGACGUCCGGUGAAGUUAGAUUAACAGUGAGAGGUAAGAGUAGUGUUGAGUGAAAUAUUUUAAUGGAG